CUUCGACUCCCGUCUACUACUACUUGGUAGAUCCUUGAUUUUCUUCUCAUUACCAGCAUGAGACAGAAAGGGCAAAGUGAGAAGACGCCGAACGGCACUGUCAACGAUGGGCUUACUUUGGUUCUGGACUAUCUCCGGAAGCAGAAUCGUCCCUAUUCAGCUACAGACAUUUCAGCAAAUUUGCAGAACAAAGUCACCAAAACAUACGCAGCAAAGGCCCUGAGGGAGCUACAUCAGAAUCGGAAAAUUGAAGGAAGAGCAUCCGGGAGGCAGGCAGUUUAUCAUGCUCUACAGAAGGGGACCGAUGAGAGCACAUUAGAGGGGGGGGUGGUUCUGGAAGAUCACAUUUGCAAGUUGCAGGAACAGCUUACCGACCUCAAAGGCUAUGCAAAAAGGGCGCGAGCUGAGCUGACAACUCUGCGUGCGACACCCUUGGCCUUUGACCUCCAAGAGAGCAUCAACCAACUUCAAGUGGAAAAGGAGACUACAUUCGCAAUACUGACUCAAGCCCAGGGCACCAGUGCGGGACAGGUAGAUGAAGACAGAACUGUCACGAAGAGAGCAUGGGAAUGCUGGCAGAAGCGUGUUAAGUUGCGGAGGCAGAUAUGUCGCGAUUUGUGGGGAAGAUAUCUAGAGAUGGUGGAUAAAGAUGUGACUCGAGAAGAGCUCUGGGUAUUAAUAUCUGGUUAACCACCUUUUCCGAGACUGCUCACGGUAACGAACAGGAAUUCCUGGGGCUAGAAGGGCCUUCGAUAGUCACUUGAUUCCAAUAUUUGUAUAUGUAGGUGAAGGUGAUGACCCUUCACCCCCUCUCCUCAGUUUCCUUUCCAGUGUGCGG